AUUUUAUACUAAUAUACACAUGACCCACUUUCUUAGACUUCUUCUUCAGUAAAUGUUUUGCCGCAAAAGGAAAUGAUGGCCGGAUGUGCACUAGAUGUACAUAUUUACAAAGCUUGGGGUUCCUUAAUAGACCAACAUCUUGGAAGAAAGAUGAGACAUCACCUGACAGAGCUUCUACACAAUGUUACUGCUGUUGAUCAAGCAAUUAAGCCUUCUUAUCUAUUAGAUUUUGGGAUUAAAGCUUCAUCAUUACAUCAAUUUGUUGAAGAUUUGAAGAGGACUGGGUGUGUCAAGACAAUACUUAAUAUUUACCAGAUGGGGACAGAUCUGUUGGUCACAAAUCCUAAAUGUAUUCAAGUUUUACAACAGUGCUCCAACUUGGAAUCAUUAUACAUUCUAACAGAUGUUUCAUCGGGUCUUGCAAAGCCACAGACAAUAAAAAAGAAACUAUUAUUUGAAGAAUUAUUACAAUCUAUAAAGCUACUGCCGUUUAACUUGGAUAAAACAGCUAUAUUUGAUCUAGAUGUAACGGACAUGAAUCUGACAACUAUGUUUGGGAUACUUCUAGGUUAUCCCUUUAUAUAUUGGUUUGGAAGAGAAUCCGAAGAUAACUGCCUCUCUAUGAUACCAAUAAGAUGUUUAAAAGUUACAAGAACAAUACAUAUCCAGAAAGAGAAUGAAACACAAUUGAAUUCCACAGAAAGUUUCAAUGUUUUCUCUUUCAGUGUACCAGAAGAAUUAUUUGAUAGCACUGCUGAAUAUCAUCUAAAUCGGUGGUUUUCUCAAAAGAAAAUGAUAAACUCAAGUUUACAACUGUCAUCUCAAACAGAGAUAUUACCUAAGGUGGCAAUGUAAAUAAUUUCAAUUAAACUU